AGAUUCCACCCACGAUCGAUGUGUCAGUAAGGUUAGAUCUCAUCUUGCAGUGUCUGGUCCAGCCAGGCUCAAACAGCACUGCUGGGAAGGUGAAGGGGCUUAAUACCAUGCAAAAGAAUGGAAAAAAGCAGAAUGAAGGUGGUGUGGAGAUGAACGAGAGUUCUGCCUGUCCCAUCUUCACCAAUGUGAACAACGCUUCUAUGGGAACAUGCACAUGCAGGGUGGAGAACAUGACAAACGUGUCUGAGAACAGACAUUCUGAUCAGAACAAGCACGGGACAGUCAGCCAGCCAAAAGAGUCAGUCAUCACCAUGAAGUGCAGCUUCAAGAUUUGGUUGGAGAAUCCUGUGGUACAUGUGAAGUGGUACAAAAAUCCGUGUCUGGAGGUGAGGAAUCAAACCAAUACCACAGCUCUGGGAAAAAACUGUACCAAUCUCACCAUGUGUGCAGCCAGCACAGAAAUCUGUGGGUUUAGGAUGUUCAUCAGAAGAAUAAACUUGACGGACACUGGACACGGCCCACAGGGGACAGUUCCCAGCUGUGGCCCAUCUCAGACCAAUGUCACCAAGGUGGAGGCCUGUACAGGACUCAAAUUCUUCACAUGUAUCAUCUUCGGCUUGGCGGCCGGGACGUUUCUUUACAUGCCGAUAAUUGGCCUUAUGCUGUGGCAGUGCAGAAGGAACAGCAAAGGAAAGCUCUCAAGCAGGCAAGUGGCUACAGAGAAUCAGCUUGGCAUGGCAGCCCCAGUGACAGGGACCGAGGACCUGACCUAUGCCAACCUGAAAUUUGAAAAGAAGGAGACAAAACCCGCCUCCUCUGAUGUUGUUUACACCGAGAUCAAACCAUCGCAACAACAGCAGAGUGCAGAGGAUGCCGGUGCUGCCAACGCAGGGGUGGAUGUCUCCACUGAGGGAGAGGGCAAAUGAGGGAGAGAGAAGGGACAAGCAGCUUGUUGUACACCUGUCGGGGUCAUCAUUCCUGAAAAUAAGGCAUUAGCUCAUAAGAAGUACAAUCUUGGCGACUAAAGCCACCUAUUUGCCCCCAAAUGGAUGCCACUGUGCUUUACAUUCCCCUGGAAGAAGCCAUCUCUCGUGGUGAGGACAGGGCUCUUCCAGCUGGUUUUCCCUUUGUCUCCCCGCAGCCCCAAGUACUGUCAGGCCUUGGCAACUCCUUUCAUGGUCUUUGGUCAUUGAUGGGCUCCUCUAGCAGUUUGGUCUGUGUUUCAGUGAUGUCACGGUGGUCCAGGAAGCACUCAGUGUCUCCUGGGUGCUGGACAUGCUGGGUGGGGUGGCCAUGAGAAGUUCCUUGUGGUGCUGGAAAAGUCCUGGAGUGAUUUUCUCCAGAGCAGGUACCUGUUGUGGCAUAGGUUGAACUUGCAGUAGUUCAGUCACUUGAAACACAAGGAGCGGGUAUGAAAAGACAUCAUUUGCUUUGCAGAGGUGCAGCGCAAGUACUGCUGCAGUGAUCUACAUGGAUCUGCUUCAUAGCAGGAGUUGACGGGUAUCCUCAUGCAUGUAGAGCUCUCCUGUAAUUUUGAAAAAUAAAAUAAAAUAAAAUAAAAUGUGAUGGUUUUGCCCUCAGUGUUUCCAGUUCCAUACUGCUGAUGGAGACCCAGCUGAAGUCC